AUGAAUACAGUAGGCACAUCACCGCUGGCGUGGGCAGUAAAGCAUUUAAAAAUAUAUCUAUUGGACAAAGAAUUCCAACUAAUUAGUGAUCACAAGCCCCUAGAAGCUAUUUUUGGGAUCAGAUUUAAGCUUUGUGUGCACAUAGAGCGUUGGGUUCUGUGGCUGCACACCUACAAGUACAAGGGUAUUCACCGUCCAGGCAAAGAAAAUAUCGCUGAUGCUAUCUCCCGACAUUGUGAAUCGAUUCAUCUAGUACCAUUCGAUAAUGAAAACUAUAUAAAUGCAGUGGUAGAAUACAGUAGGCCAAUAGCAGUACCACUAAAUGAAAUUGAUAUAGCUAGUGCAUCAGACAAAGAAAUUGCAGGAUUAAAAUGGAGCUUUCGACAACAAGUGGGAUGA